GAGCCGCGGCGGCCGGCACAGCCUGAGUGGCGCUGGGCGGCGAGUUUGUCAACAAUCGCCUCGCCUUCGGCUGCCUGACCCGUAGGCGCCGCCCCCGUCGCCUCUGCCCAUUGGCUACGAUGGGAAGCCACCGAGCACGGGCCAAUGGGGAGCACUGGCAACCGGCGCCAGCGGCGCGGGGCUGGCGGUGCCCGAGCGGCGGCGGGAGCUGCGCGCGAGGGGCGGAGCGGGAGGAGGCGGAGGAUGAUCCCGGCGGCGGCCGGUGCAGCGCGGGCCAGAGGCGCGGCGCGCGAAACCUUAGGCUCCCCAGCGGAGCGUGGCGGCGGGCGGACGGGCAGGCGCGGAACUCUGGAGCCCACGGCUCGGCUUUGUUUUCCUUGCCUUCUCGGUGGCGACACUCACGGGUCGUCUGAUCGGCGCUGGACACCGCGCUUGGAAGGGAAGGGGAGGACAAAAAAAGACCAAAUGGCCAAGCAACCUUCUGAUGUAAGUUCUGAGUGUGACAGAGAAGGUGGACAAUUGCAGCCUGCUGAGAGGCCUCCCCAGCUCAGGCCUGGGGCCCCUACCUCCCUACAGACAGAACCGCAAGGUAAUCCCGACGGCGAAGGGGACCGCUGCCCCCACGGCAGCCCUCAGGGCCCGCUGGCUCCAACGGCCAGCCCAAGCCCUUUUGCUACCAGAUCCCCACUUUUCAUCUUUGUGAGAAGAUCUUCUCUGCUGUCCCGGUCCUCCAGUGGGUAUUUCUCUUUUGACACAGACAGGAGUCCAGCACCCAUGAGUUGUGACAAGUCAACACAAACCCCAAGUCCUCCUUGCCAGGCCUUCAACCAUUAUCUCAGUGCAAUGGCUUCCAUAAGGCAGUCUCAGGAGGAACCUGCAGAUAUUCGCCCUGAGAUCUGGAUUGCACAGGAGCUCCGGCGGAUUGGAGACGAGUUCAACGAAUCUUACGCGAGGAGGGUAAAUAACUACCCAGAGGCCGAAGAGCACCCUCACCACCCUCAAAUGGUUAUCUUACAACUGUUACGAUUCAUCCUCCGUCUAGUAUGGAGAAGGCAUUGACAGGAUCUUCCCGCUGCCAGGAUCAAAACGUGGACAUUGCUCUUGUUCAGACCGCCAGAACCCCAGCACUGGGUCUCUCGGCGCCGCGACAGUGCAGCCGCAGCCGGUGGCUCUAUCCCAGAGAGGUGCUGCGGGUGGACGACACACUGCCCUGUGUCGAUGUGAACGUCACCCUUCUGUGCGUCACCACAUGGCAGGAUUUCCAGUAGAUGUUUGUGUGAAUGUAAACAGGGAGGGUUCUUCUCGUCUAGUGUCCAGAGCCUGGGUCUUUGGAGGAGAGUCACGAUGCGGGGAAGGUGUUUACAUGCAGUGUGUUCCUUUGUUUUUCCAACCUACUUUCUUUGAUAACCAUUCGGUUGUUUUUUUUGUUCGUUUGUUUUUUGUUUGGGGGUUUUUCUGGUUUUUUUUUUUUUU